GGCCAGAUGCGUAAGACUUUUCGAGAAGACCCGCAUAGAGCACGUUGUUCUCGGCCUCUCCCUGAGCUCGACCAGCCAUGGCGGCGGUGAAGACCCUAAAUCCCAAAGCCGAGGUGGCCCGGGCGCAGGCAGCGCUGGCGGUGAACAUCAGCGCGGCACGGGGCCUGCAGGAUGUUCUGAGGACCAACUUGGGGCCUAAAGGCACCAUGAAGAUGCUUGUAUCUGGUGCUGGAGACAUCAAACUUACUAAAGAUGGCAAUGUGCUACUUCAUGAAAUGCAAAUUCAACACCCAACAGCCUCUUUGAUAGCAAAAGUGGCUACAGCGCAGGAUGACAUAACUGGCGAUGGCACUACAUCCAAUGUCCUCAUCAUCGGAGAGCUGCUCAAACAAGCGGACCUCUACAUUUCUGAAGGUCUUCAUCCCAGAAUAAUAACUGAAGGCUUUGAAGCUGCAAAGGAAAAGGCACUCCAGUUUUUGGAACAAGUCAAAGUAAGCAAAGAGAUGGACAGAGAAACACUCAUCGACGUGGCCAGGACAUCUCUGCGGACUAAAGUUCAUGCUGAGCUUGCAGAUGUCUUGACAGAGGCUGUGGUGGACUCCAUUUUGGCCAUUAGGAAAAAAGAUGAGCCCAUUGACCUCUUCAUGGUUGAGAUCAUGGAGAUGAAGCAUAAAUCUGAAACUGAUACAAGCUUAAUCAGAGGGCUUGUUUUGGAUCAUGGAGCACGGCAUCCUGAUAUGAAGAAAAGAGUAGAAAAUGCCUACAUCCUCACAUGCAACGUGUCCUUGGAGUAUGAGAAGACAGAAGUGAAUUCCGGGUUUUUUUACAAGAGUGCAGAAGAGAGAGAGAAACUAGUAAAGGCUGAAAGAAAAUUCAUUGAAGAUAGAGUUAAAAAAAUCGUAGAACUGAAGAAGAAAGUCUGUGGUGAUUCAGAUAAAGGAUUUGUCGUUAUUAAUCAAAAGGGGAUUGACCCCUUCUCUUUAGAUGCCCUCGCGAAAGAAGGCAUCGUAGCUCUGCGCAGAGCCAAGAGGAGAAACAUGGAGAGGCUGACUCUUGCUUGUGGUGGGAUAGCUCUGAACUCCUUUGAUGACCUGAAUCCUGACUGUUUGGGACAUGCAGGGCUUGUCUAUGAGUAUACAUUGGGUGAGGAGAAGUUCACCUUUAUUGAGAAAUGUAACAAUCCCCGUUCUGUCACUUUACUGGUUAAAGGACCAAACAAGCACACGCUGACUCAGAUCAAGGAUGCAAUCAGAGAUGGCUUGAGGGCUGUCAAAAAUGCUAUUGACGAUGGCUGUGUUGUCCCGGGUGCAGGUGCAGUUGAAGUGGCACUGGCAGAGGCUCUGAUUAAAUACAAGCCCAGUGUGAAGGGCAGAGCUCAGCUUGGGGUCCAGGCAUUUGCAGACGCCUUGCUCAUCAUUCCCAAGGUUCUUGCGCAGAACUCUGGUUUUGACCUUCAGGAAACAUUAGUUAAAGUUCAAGCUGAACAUUCAGAAUCCGGUCAGCUUGUGGGUGUGGAUCUGAACACAGGUGAGCCAAUGGUGGCUGCAGAAAUGGGUGUGUGGGAUAACUACUGUGUGAAGAAGCAGCUGCUUCACUCAUGUACUGUGAUCGCCACCAACAUUCUCCUGGUUGACGAGAUCAUGAGAGCUGGGAUGUCCUCUCUGAAGGGCUGAAGUCUGCCUGUGAUGCUACAGAAUGUUGGGGGGGAUGGUUGUUUUUUUUUUUUGUCCAAGCUUCAAGUGAUUUGGAAAAGAAUUUUCUCUUCCUGAUUGGAGAAAAGGAACAGGACAUUUGGCACCUAUUCAAAUUAUAAUACUGUAAAUUUUAUUUAAUUUUUUUUUUUUGCAUUGAGUGAAUACACUUAAAGCAGGUCUUUUUAAAUCCACUGAACAAGAUGUUUUCGUUACAGUGAUACAAAAUUACAUAAUAAGCAUUGUUGUCUACCUUGUUCCUCAAGUGUUUGAAAUUUUAUAAUGGUUUUCCCUAAAUAAGGCAUGGCGAUGCCUGCCUGUAAGCCUAGCACUUUGGAAAUAAAGUCAGAAGUUCUGCACCAACUCAGGCUACAGGAGACCCCGGCUCAAAAGAAUAAUUUUGUUGUGGAUGUAUUUGAUGUUAUCUACCCAACUCCCUGUUAUACAUGUAAGAUUCUUGCCAGUGUAAAACACAUAUGGGUAAUUUAUGGGUUUCAUAGUGUCUCUAAUAAAUACUUAAGAGUGAA